UUCCUCGUUGGCAGCAGCGUCUCUACUGUUGGCAGGAGUGUCCAGAAUAAAAACGGCAACACCAGACAGGGGAGGGGGAAAAAAGCAAAGUGAUCCAUUGAACCAGAGUCCUUUGCCUCUCUUAAUUACACAGAGUCUCGUAUCUCUUUUUUUUUCUCCCACCUUUUCACUCUCUUUGCAUGACUCUGGGCUCAGGGUAAUUAGCUUGAAGAGAAUAAAACCAGCUGAUCGGGAGAGGGGUGGUGCAGUUUGGAGCGAGAUGGCGAACAGAAACAUUCUGUGGCUCUUCUGUGGACUCUUCCUCUUAGCCUUGAUUCAACCUUCUCUGCAGGGAGGUGUGUAUGUACCAACUGGGACUGGGAUUGGACCAGGUGGUGUUGGAACAGGAACUGGAUUCUUUCCAGGAUCUGCUGGAGCAGGCCCUGCAGGAUAUAAACCAGCCAAGGCUGGAGUCGGAGGUUAUGGAGGUGGUGCAGGCGUCGGUGUGGGUCCAGGUGGUCUAGUACCAGUUGGUGUUGGACCAGGAGGAGUGAGAUUAGGAGGCCAAGGUGGGAAGGGACCUAAACCAGGCUACGGCAAUCUAGGAGUUGGUGGUCUUGGAGGUGUGGGCCCCGGAGGAGGCGGCUACGGUGGAUACGGCGGAGGCACCGCAGGGUUUUUCCCCGGAGUUGGACAGAAAGCUGCCAAAAGAGGUGCAGGAGGCCAUCUGCUACCACAGGGAGGAACUGGAGGAACAGUGCUGGGGGCUGGAGGAGUUCCUGGAGGUACAGGAACUGGUGUAUUGCCAGGUGGUGUGCCUGUUAUUCCCCAGACAGGCCUUCCAGGAGGAGGAGGAGCCGGGGGUGCCGCAGGAAAGAAAGCUUCCAAAGUGCCAGGUGUGGGGGUGCCUGGACUUUACCAAGGUGGACUAGUACCAGGACAAGGGUUUGGUGGACGUGGAGUUUUGCCUGGAGUUCCAACCGGCACUGACCUGAAUCCUAAAUCCAUUGCAAAUGGAGGUCAAGGCGGAACUCCGGGGCAAGGCGGCCGUGGGUUUGGCGGCCAGAUGCAGCCAGGAGUCUUCCACGGAUACCCACUCAAGACACCUUCAACACAAGGUGGAUAUGGAGCCAAACCUGGAGGUGGAAAACUUCCCUUUGGUUACGGUGGCUUUGGUGCUGGUGGAGCUGGACUACCAGGAGGACAAGGUGGCCCAGGGUAUCCAAUAGGAACUGGUGUGGGACCAGGAGCCAUAGCAGCUGCUCAGGCUAAAGCUGCUAAAUAUGGCGGAGUUCCUGGUGGAGUACCAGGUGGAGUUCCUGGUGGAGUACCAGGUGGGGUACCUGGUGGAGUUCCAGGAGGUGUACCUGGUGGAGUUCCAGGUGGAGUACCAGGUGGGGUCCCUGGAUUGCUACCAGGUGGUGCACCUAUUGGAAGACUACCAUUUGGAUAUUCACCUGCAGCCAAAGCUGCUAAAUAUGGGAUAGUUGGACAGGGAGGACAACUGGGAACAGGUGGACAACUAGGAACAGGUGGACAACUCCUACCAGGCCAACUAGGAGCAGGAGGAUAUUCUCCUGCAGCGAAAGCUGCUGCUAAAGCAGCUCAAUAUGGACAACUUGGACAACUGGGAACAGGAGGACAAUUUGGAACAGGGGGACAACUGGGAACAGGAGGACAAUAUGGAACAGGGGGACAACUGGGAACAGGAGGACAAUUUGGAACAGGGGGACAACUGGGAACAGGAGGACAAUUUGGAACGGGAGGAUAUUCUCCUGCUGCUAAAGCUGCUGCUAAAGCUGCUAAAUAUGGUGUUGGUGGACAACUGGGAACGGGUGGGCCAGUUGGAACAGGACAAUUAGGAGCAGGAGGACCAUUAGGAGCACUGGGACCAUUAUGGAAUAGAGAAUACUCUCCUGCUGCAAAAGCUGCUAAAUAUGGACUACUGGGAACAGGUCGUGGAGGCACAGGAGGACUAGGAGGAACUGGACUAGGAGGACAGGGAGGAACAGGACUAGGAGGCACAGGAGGACUAGGAGGCACAGGACUAGGAGGACAGGGAGGAACAGGACUAGGAGGCACAGGAGGACAGGGAGGUGGAGGAUACUCUCCUGCUGCUAAAGCUUAUAAAUAUGGUCCAGGUGGUGGCGGUAGAGUUCCCGGAGGCCCAGUUUUACCAGGAUACGGCUCUCUGGCCACUGGAGCAAAACCUCCUAAAUACGGGGUCCAAGGAGGUCAAGGAGGUCAAGGAGGAGUUGUUCCCGGGGGAGCAGGACAGUUCGUACCUGGGUUUGGUGGCUACGGUGGUUAUGGAGCCGGUGCUGGAGUCAAACCCCCUAAGUAUGGAGUAGCUACAGGAGCAGGAGCACCAAUAGGAGCAGGACUUGGACCCGGAGCAGCUGGAGGAACAGGGUUGGGAGGUGGAGGAUUAGGAGGGACGGGGUUGGGAGUUGGAGGAGCAGGAGGUCAAUACUCUGCUAAAGCUGCUAAACAUGGAAGCAUCACUGGAGUAGGGCUCGCUGUCCCUGGACCAACUCUGUCCACAGGUGUGGGGGGUCUUCCAGAUGGUUCUGCUUUUGCAGGCCCCGAUGGGACUGGAGUUCCUGGAAAACCAGCCAAGGACAUAGGUGUGGGUGGAACUCCUCGACCAGGGCUCGCGCCUAUUGCUGCAACUGGGAAGACCCCAGAGGUCCCGCAGCCCAGUGUGUCUGGUGGGAUCAUUCAGCCUGGCUCUGGCACCAGUGUCGGGGGAGCAGGUGUUGGAGCGCCUCCUGCUGGGGGAACAACGGGUCAAGGCCAACCUGGUGUGGAUGCAGGAGGUAAACCACCAAAACCAUAUUUACCAGGUGCUGGAAAUGGAUACCCAUAUGGUGGAGGUUAUGGAUUACCAUAUGGUGCAGGGGCUGGGACUGGUACUGGUGUUGGAACUGGAACAGCACCGCUGGCUGGGGUAAAGCCUUUGAAACCACCAGCUGUGGGUGGAGUUGGGGGUGGAGUAGGGAUCCCACUGACAGGAGGAGGUUAUCCAACAGGUCACCUGUAUCCUUCUGGAGUUGGACUGGGAGGAGGAGCAGGUGCUGGAGCUAAAGGCCCUAAACCAGGCUACGGUAAUCUGGGUGGUGUUGGUGGAGGAUAUCAGCCAGGUGUGCUUCCUGUAGUCCCUGGUUACGGAGUAGGUUUCCCUCAGCAGUACUACCAAGGUGGAUAUGUACCUGCUCCACUGACUCCACAACAAGCCAAAGCAGCCAAAUAUGGAGCGCUCCAAGGGUUUCUUGGUGGUGCAGGGGGAGGAGGAGGAGCAGGAGGUGUGGGAGGCAUCUACAGAGGUGGAGUUGCAGGAUGCCAGGGAAAAUACUGCGGGCGGAGGAAGUAGAGGAUCUCUUGAGAUCCAGUGUGACCUCAAGGAACUAUGGUGCUACUGCAUGAUUAAGAAUGUACAUUUUAUAUGCAAAACAAAGCCCAGUUAGACAUUUUGUAAAGAUGUUUUUUUUUUUUACCAGAGUUAACCACCCGUUUUAUACAAACCCACCGACCAGGAGUUUUGUACACAUUCUGAUGUGACCCAUGUUAUUGAAAGUUCUUUUUAAUCAUUAUUGAGGUCAAGUUAUUCAGCUUUAACACCCUCUCUGGAGUGUGUCGCUGCGUGUGGGUGAAGCGUCUGUGUGAGUGUGUGUUUUUUUGCCAUAUGGUUUGGACUGUUGUGCAGAAGACUGAGUCUGAGUUAUGGCAGGCCAAUGUGACCUACGCGUACCUUCACUUUAAUCUUGGCGCGAGUCGAUCUGUCACCGGUGUGGAGAGGCGCCGUUUCCUCCUGCCGUGCAGAGCCUCCUCUCCUGACAUAUCACAGAGGCUGAGAUGGUCGAGAUUCUGAGAAGAUUUGUUUGAACUCAGCAUCUUUUCUUGCCUCUCUGUCCUCUGCUGAUAUUUUUAGGUCUGCUGGGCAACGAGCAGCAGGAAGAUGGGACUCCUGCCAAUCCAUCUGCUCUCAGUAACUUCGCUGAAUUUCCUGUUUAUGCAUUUUAUGUUUCGCAGCUUUCCGUCUUCAUCGUGGUGAAGACAGUUUUAAAGAGAACAGAAUAUCAAUCAGACACCUGUCUAGGCUUGUGUGUGUGUGUGUGUGUGGACGUGUGAAUGUGUCCCUGUCCUUCACUGCUUCCAGUGUUUAGUCCAACUGCAGCACUUAUUUACUUCUUUUUUUGCGUAAUUUGUCAUUAUUAUAAUUAUUCCAGAUUUUUUUUUUUUUGCACCACAGUUUGACGCAUAGCUUAUUGUCAGGAGGGAUUGGAAAUGUAAAACAAGAACAAUCAUUUGCUUUUGCCUAUAUUUACUGUUAUGAACUGAAUUAUGAUAAAGACAGUGGGAGGAUGACGACGACGACGUGUCCAUGUGCUUCAUACACUCCCACUGUUCUCCAUUUACUUGAGCUGCUUUUAAAAAAGAAAAGGCUUCACUGACCAAAGGUUCAUGAGCGCUGUUGACUCUCUGUAAUUGUGUACUGUAUUUUGUACUAAUUGUGACGUUAGCCAGCUUCAGUUCCUUCACUCGGUGCUGUGUAAGAACUGUCUUUGAGCCUCGCUGGGUCAGACCAUUCUUCAUCUUAAUUUAAAGCUGUUUUUUUUUUUUUUUUUUUUUUUAUAAGGAGGAACAGUCUGGUUUUGCACUUUUUAUAUUUCCAUGACGUGUGUGACUUGUUCCUGGACAUCCCAGCAUUUUAUUUGCUUCAGUAAGUAACAAAAUAAAAUGUCUUUAAAGAUUC